ACUAAACUAAGCAUGCAUUCAUAUAACCAAGGACUAUAACUACAAUUUUUUCUAUCAAUACCAAUAAAUAGAGACUUAAAUCGUGUUGUUGUAGCACGAAAAUCUUCCAAGUCUUGCACAUGGAGACCCAUGGAAGAGAUACCAUCCUCAGUUCGAGACAAUCAACGGCAACUCGCCGGAGAAUAAUAUUGUUUCCCCUACCAUUCCAAGGUCACAUCAAUCCCAUGCUUCAGUUAGCAAACAUUCUUCACAACCAAGGUUUUGAAAUAACCAUCAUACACGCCGAAUACAACUCCCCCAUUCAUUCCAACUAUCCUCACUUCACCUUUAAGUCCAUCUCGGACCGAUUUUUUGAGUUGGCAACGAAGGCAGACGCCGGCGUCAUCCUCCAGUAUCUUAACAGAAGCUGUGAAGAUCCAUUUCGGGAUUGUUUGACUGGGUUAUUGGCAGAAUAUGGCGAGGGAUCGGUUUCUUGUCUAAUAACAGAUGCCGGAUUCCACUUCACGCAAGCAGUGGCGGAUUCCGUUAAGCUCCCUCGGAUGGUGCUCCGGACAAGCAGUCUGGGUUGCGUCCUUGCUUAUGUCGCUUUACCCUUUUCCUCUGAAAGUGGUUAUUUUAACCUUACAAAAGAAGAUUCAAAUUAUGAGACAUCGGUGCCGGAAUUUCCACUUAUGAAAGUCAAAGACAUCGUAAAGAUGACCAACAACCCAGAAUCUAUGGGAGAAUUUGUCUCCGACAUGCUUCACCAGAUGAAGGCAUCAUCAGGGAUCAUUUGGAACGCCUUCAAAGAACUCGAAGAACGUGCACUAGAAACCAUCUCCCAUGAUUUUUCAAUUCCGAGCUUUACCUUAGGCCCUUUCCACAAGUACUUCCCGGCGUCCUCAAGCAGCUUGAUCGAACAAGACCGAAGCGUUCUCUCAUGGCUAGACAACCAAGCCCCUAAGUCUGUGAUAUACAUAAGUUUUGGGAGUGUUGCACUUAUAACCGAGUCAGAGUUUCAAGAAGUGGCCCAUGGGCUGGCGAAUAUCGGCUUACCAUUUUUGUGGGUGGUUAGACCAUGGAUAGUUCCUGGUUCACAAUGGCUUGAAGCAUUGCCAGAAAAGUUCCUAGAAAGCGUGGGUGAUGGAGGACGUAUAGUGAAAUGGGCUCCUCAACAAGACGUGUUAGCUCAUCCAGCAACCGGUUGUUUUUGGACUCAUUGUGGAUGGAAUUCAACGUUGGAGAGCAUAUGUGAAGGAGUUCCUAUGGUUUGUUCACCUUGUUUUGUCGACCAACCAGUAAAUGCAAGAUACGUUAGCGAUGUAUGGAAGAUUGGUGUUUUCUUGGAGGAUAGCUUUGACAGGGUGGGGAUUAAGAAGGCUAUUAAAAGAGUAAUGAUGGAUAAAGAAGGCGAAGAAAUUCGGGAGAGAAUAACUAGUCUUAAGGAAAAGGUCAAUCUCUCUCUUGAAGAAGGUGGGUCGUCUCACCAGUCAUUGAAGGGAUUGGUAGAUUAUAUUUUAUCUUUUUGAUCCAUAAAAAACCACAUGCAAUAUAAUUCCAUGUAUCCUAAACCAAAUAAACUUUGUUACAACAUUGAAGUAUUUUAUGUUGCAAACUUAUCAUUGAA